ACAAAGAAAAAUACUCAUCAAUGCAUCAAAGUCCCAUCAACUUCCUAUCAAAAAAUGCUUUAAAAUUUACAUAUAUGCUUGGUAGCGUUUAAGAAACGCCCACCAAGCCACCACUUUCGUAGACAAUAUUUUUGCUUGGUGCAAUCAGCCUCCUUAUCCUCUGCUAAUGAUCAUUAGUCAGCAAAUUUAACAAUGGUGUCUGAUAUUUUUAUUAUGUGAGAAGUGACUGCUCCUGCAUUCUCAUUCUCUUUAUAUUGGAAACAAAUGUGGUUUUUGAGUAUUCUCCCAACUUUGGUUAGCUAUUAGAGUCCCUAGACUUCAAACCAAGACGUGUUGGUAUUGUAUUUCAUUCCAUGAUAUUGAUAUAUAUAAACUUAGUAGGCAAGCUCUCCAUUUAUAGAAAAAGCUUCUGAAGAGAGGUUGAGAAAGAUACGACUAGAGUUGGAAGAAUAUAAUAACAAGCUUAUGGAAUCCUGCGCUAAGUUUUUUGAAAAAGCUAAGCCAUUUUUGGCUGUUAUUUUUCUGCAGUUUGGGUAUGCAGGCUCGUCCAUAAUUUCAAAGUUUGCUCUAAAUAAAGGGAUGAGCCAACAUGUAUUGGUGGUCUAUAGGCACGCUAUUGCCACCAUCGUAAUUUCUCCUUUUGCCAUUAUUUUUGAUAGGAAGGUGAGGGCGAAGCUGACCAUCUCCAUCUUUGCUAAGAUACUGUUGCUAGGCUUGUUAGAGCCAACUAUUGACCUGAACUUGUAUUUUACUGGCAUGAAGUACACCACCGCAACUUUUGCUUCUACUAUGUGCAACAUUCUUCCUGCUUUUGCAUUUCUUAUGGCUUGGGCCUUAAGACUUGAGAAGGUUAAUUUGAGGAAAUUGCAUAGUCAGGCAAAGAUAUUAGGGACUUUAGUGACAGUGGGAGGAGCAAUGUUGAUGACUCUAAUUAAAGGGGCAAAGCUGGAUUUGCCAUGGACAAAAGGUUAUGAUAAUCAUGGAUCUUCCAGUGCUCUAAACACACAUGAUGAUACCAUUAAGGGUGCUUUUAUGAUAGGAGUAGGCUGCUUAUGCUGGUCUAGUUUCAUCAUCCUUCAGGCAAUAACACUAAAAAAAUACCCUGCGGAGCUCUCCCUAACAGCUUUGAUAUGCUUGGUGGGCAGUAUUGAAGGCUCCAUAUUUGCUCUUAUAAUGGAAAGGGGAAAUCCCUCUGCUUGGUUUAUACACUUUGAUUCUAGCCUAUUAGCUGCUGUUUACAGUGGAGUAAUUUGUUCAGGAGUUGCAUAUUAUCUACAAGGAGUGACAAUGAAGAGCAAAGGUCCUGUUUUUGUAACUGCCUUCAAUCCUUUAAGCAUGGUUAUUGUUACAAUUUUGGGCUCCUUUGUCUUAUCAGAGAUAGUCUACUUAGGAAGGGUAAUUGGAGCACUAGCCAUCGCCAUUGGGCUAUACCUAGUUUUGUGGGGCAAGAGCAAGGAUCAAUCUCCAUUAACUUCAACAAAUGAUAAGGUAGCUGCAACUGCUUCAGAAAUGGAUACUAUAAAUGAGAGUUUUGAGACUUCAAAUGAAGAAUGUGUUGCCAUUGAUGUCACCAAACUGAGACCUAAUGAUGAAUCUGUUUGAAGGAAUUCUAAUUCAAUUACAAUGUAAUUAGCAAUAAUUGAAUGGAAUUAAUUAACCAA